UGUGCCCGUUGUAGCUAUGGCAGAGCCCGUGCCCCGAUUACCUCCACAUGACGGGCCUGUGAUCACCGUGGUGGAUAUGCACUGCGGCGGGGAGCCGGUGCGGAUCGUCCAAAGCGGUGCUCCUGUUCCUCAGGGCCGCACUCUGCUGGAAAAGCGCCGGUGGGUCCGGGAACACAUGGACUGGCUGCGGAAGGUGCUGAUGCUGGAGCCCCGCGGGCACCGGGACAUGUACGGGGCGCUGCUGGUGCCCAGCGAGGAGGAGUCGGCGCAUCUGGGAGUGCUGUUCAUGCACAACGAAGGCUACAGCACCAUGUGCGGUCAUGCGGUGCUCGCGCUCGGGAAGUACGCUCUGGAUUACGGCUACCUGGGUGAGGCGGCUGGGUCCGAGGUGCCCAUGAAUAUACACUGCCCCUGCGGUCUGGUGCGCGCCUGGGUCACCUGCGGAGCCGACCGGGAACGGCGCGGUGCUGUCAGAUUCCACAGUGUCCCGGCGUUCUGCUUUAUGACAGAUGUUACUGUCGAUGUCCCCGGACUUGGCAAAGUAGUAGUGGACAUUGCCUAUGGCGGAGCAUUUUAUUCCUUUGUUAGUGCGGAGAGAUUUGGGCUGGAUGUUUGCACCUCACGUACCAGGGAUCUUGUAGAUGUAGCAGCUGCUGUGACAGAGUCUGUGAAAGCCCAGGUUAAACUGCAUCACCCAGACAGCGCAGAUCUCGCUUUUUUAUACGGCACCAUACUGACUGAUGGGAAAGAUGCUUAUAGCGAGGAGCCAACUGCCAAUGUCUGUGUAUUUGCUGAUUCCCAGGUUGAUCGCAGCCCUACUGGGUCAGGUGUGACUGCACGCAUCGCUUUACAGUAUCACAAGGGACAAAUACAGCUACAGCAGACUAGGAAUUUCAAGAGUGGCGCCACAGGUUCAAUCUUUACUGGAAAAGCAGUUAAGGAAACCACGUGCGGAGAUUUCAAGGCUGUAAUUGUGGAAGUUUCUGGUCACGCAUAUUAUACUGGUACCUCAAGCUUUGUUCUGGAAAAUGAAGACCCCCUAAAAAAUGGAUUUCUUCUUAAAUAACUCAGUGUUAUUUAUUGUAAGCACCUAUGACACAAAUGGUUAAAAAUGUAAAGGGACAUUAAACACCAUGAGAUUUUCCAAUAUACUUGUAUUAUUAAAAAAAAAAUUGUCCCCUUUUCUUGUAAUUUUACUCCGAAAAGUGUGGGUUUACCAAAUACAUUUAGAAGUGGAUGUCCAGUCUCCAGACUUAAACACUGUGUUAUAUCCCACACCGUCAUUGGUUGCUCACUUUAAUGACUCCUAAUUAUCCCUAAUUGGCCUCUGCAGAGAAUGAAAUCUAGGUUACAACAUGGUGUUGCCUAUUGCUUUGUGAACACUAAAACUUUACACUUAUUUUUUCAAUAUUUAAAUAACAUUUAUUUUAAAAAAAUAUCUGCAUAUUAUUUUAUCUCUUUUAUACUGAAUAUAUCAAAAUCCCCUAAUUGCCCCCAAAAUAAAUAAUAUUGUAUUUUAUUUUAUUUUUUAUUUAAAAAAAAAAAAGUAGCUUUUUUUUUUUUUUUUUUUUUUUAUAUAUAUAUAUAAAAAAAAAAUGCGCAAAGCAGUUUUUAGGGGUUAAAGUUAACAGGUGUGGGGUGUUAGAAAAAAAAAACGGCACUGAAAAGUGCCUUUACAUUGCGGUCUAUGGGGCACUAUGUGUUUCCUAUAAAUAUAUAUAUAUAUACACAUACACCUCAAAAUUUCCACUCGCCUACGAGCCAUUGGCGAGUAGAAAUUGAACUGUGACGAGUAGAUAUCCUAGUCAGGGUAAUGUACUUAAAACAUUAAUUUAGGGGGGGCGGAGCCUGAAGCCGAAGUGACUGGUCAUGUUUUAGUGGAGCUCCUGACUUCAUUAUGCCUAAUAUGGGAUUUACUACAAAAAUUUUGAUGUAAAAGUCAUAAGAUCUGUCCUACAGUACCCUCAAGAAACUACAUGAAGCAAGAUACCGCAACUUAGCAGUUAAUUUCAAGCUUAUCUACUCUACCUACGUGCGGCAGAUGGGCCACGUGGUUGCUGUCUUUCCAGAGAUCUAUAAUCCUAUACAGUGACUCUCAAGCCAUUAAGACAGCCAAUAAUGCCUCCUACUCUAAGAUCUGCUGCCGCAAUUGAUACCUGGGAAGCUGAACUGCACAAUGUCUUGCAUCGCCAUUCUCUCAGAAUGGAGACACUGCUUUACCAGACCCUGGGUCUCGCUGGGUUCAGGCCCUCAAACAUUGUGGACAGCGCUGAAAUAAGAGUUGGUGAGAGUGAGACUGCUGUUCCUGCGCAGGAUUUGUUUCUGCCUGCUUCACUUUUACCUGAAGUGACUUGUGAGUAUAGCACUUUGAAUAUGGAAGGGAGACAGUCAGCCGUAGAUGGUCCGCAUCGUGUGGAGAUAGGACCAAUUCCCUUUACUGAUUGUGACAUGUGGCUGAGUUGCACCGGAGCAGAUCUAAAGGUCCCUUCAAUAUCGAUCAGUGAGCUGACUUCUGAGAAUGCGGUGGGAACUGACCUGAAUACAGGCUCCAUUUCUGCUGACCAUGUUAUCCUGGCUGAGACAGGACAUGCUCCCGCAAUAUUUUGGUGGCUAAACAUAGUGGAAGGGCCUCAGCUUGUAGAAGUGUCUUUGCUGCUCUCUCUCUCUUUGCUGCCUACGGUUGGUGUGGGGUAAUGGGACAGAUUAUUUCAUAGGAGGACAAUGAGGAGAACGAUCUUAUCUGUGUCCCUUCAACUGAUCCUGUUUGAAGAGCAAGGACUCUGAGACUUUACUUUUAUUUUAUGUUUGGUGUGAAAAGUCAACAAUACUCAUUGGGGAACUAUUUAGCUGCAACUUGUUUAAUACAUAUUGAUGUUUUUACUCCCUAUUCAUUCUAAUUCCUACUAGGAACAUAUGUGCUUCAAUAUUACCAAUAUCUUUACUUUUGAAUAUUACGCAGAUGUAGCCAAUCCUAUUAUGUGUUCCAAACGAUCUGCAUACCAAUGCUUUGUUUCUUAUAUUACUUAUGUGCCCACUGCCUAGCAUACUUUUGCAUGUUACACUAUAGGACCGAUUGAAUUGCUCUCAAUUUAUUCAGGAAGAGGGGGAGAAUGUGUAUUAAUAAGGGCAUGGCAGAAAUCGGACUUACAACAGUGAUUGUCCACCUAUGUGACCUGGCUAAAUAUGACAACUGUCCCCUGAAGGCUUUUCUCAUAUAUAUAUACACAGUUGAUCCACAUUGUUAAGCUCCUUUGACCUCAAUAAUUUGAGUCAUUUGUAUAAAAAUGCACCGCACUGCAGAAUUUAGAUUUAAAAGUAUAUUUUCUGUUGAAAGAUGCAAUUACCAUUUUCUACCACCGGAGGGGAGUAGAGGUUUAAUUAUGCUCUAUGCAUGGCACAUUUUGUACACGCUUGGCUUCCUGUAUUGCUUGGGUCUGCUCCAAUAUUCCUGGUUAUACAUUUAUUGUGCUGCCCUCUACAGACACUCUACUUCUCUAUAUGCAGCUCACAACUAGACACAGUUAGAGAUGAGUCUGCUGGCAUUUACAUUGCGAUUGUGUGUUAGAGGAUGGGUCAGAAAACUCCUAUAUCCACAGUGAGUGUUUUAUUUUGGCUCUAUUUCACAAUGUAUACACACUAAUAAUAUAUGUUGCAUGUUAUGGCUCUCUUAUACUAAGGGUCUAACACUAGGUUUAUCUCAUACUCAACUCUAUAGCCUGGGACAUCCCACUCCCUUAAUGUAUGAUAUUUAUGCUGUGGGACUUCAAUGUUAAUUUAACUUGCUGUUUGCCUUUUCCAUAUAGCUUGCUGAGUGUUAAUAUAAUAGUGGCUGCGGACAUCUUGACUUUAUGCCUCACCUGGGGGCUAGUCGGGAGCCUCAGGAGAGACAUCUACAUAAGUGUCCGGGAAACAGCUGUCCUAGUAGCUACCUUACAAUUGUAUUGAUCUUGGGUCACUGAUAUGAGGCCUCUAAUGAUAAUGACAAGCCAUUUUUUGUGUCUGUCCUGGCUGGGGGUUAGAGGGGGCCCCUGGCAGGGACAAUUGCAAUUUACUACUGUGCUUAUGUGUAUCAUUAUUAUCUCAUUAUUGUUCAAGACUAUCCUUUCAUAAUUUGUGUUUUUCCUUCUGGACCAGUGGCCAGGGCCUUGAGGGAGUACACAUAAAGGAAGCUUAAAACCUUGAAGGUGGCAACCUAAGAUCAAUUGAUAUAAACUCUUCUUAUACAGCGAGAUGAAGUGCUAUGAGGGGACCUGAAUUUCAUUAACACAGGUAUCCUGUUUUGAUGUAUUGUCUAUGAGAUAACUUACUCCCAUAGGAUAUAUGCAAGCCUUAACUACUCAAUCUGGUGAGGAUGUGCAACAAGACCCCAUAGCAUGAUAGGAGGGUUUUCAGUCCUGCAGGUGACUAGUUUCAUGUAACCCAAAGGAGUCUAGGACCCGUUAUAUUAUAUUAUAUCAUAUUAUACCAUAAAGAAAGUUAUGAGAUCUAUAUUAAGCCCAGACCACGCAACACUUAAUUUAAUUUAUUAUAUUGUGCAAUGGCUAAUCGCCUCUAUGUUUACUUACAGUAGAUAUUUUGUGCACGUUCACCUCCCACCCCCCCCCCCCACCCCCACAUACAGAGCCCACUCCAGGGCUCAAAUUAGGCGAACUAUUUUCGCCGCAAACCCUAUGAUAUCACAGAAGUAUAAGCUUCCUCAUUGACUAGACCUAACUUGUGUGUUCCUUGGAUGGGGAAUUAUGGUUCCAUAAUGCUAUUCAUGUAUGUGCUUAAGGGAACAUUUAUCUCAUGUUUUCCCUUUCCAGGGUGCUCAUAGGCCCUAUUAAUUGCAUCCUUUCAGUAUGUGUGUUGAUCUAUUUCGGACCUGCGUGUCCAAAUACCUUGUUUGUACCUAUUAGAGCAGGGGACCUGCGUGUCCCCAAUUGUUACUUAUGUUUUAAAACCAAAUAAAAAGCUACUAUAAAAAAAACCCAUUAAUUUAAAGGAAUAUUGUGGGGAAA